GCGGCGAGGUGUCAAGAGGAGGCGGCGCCCAGUCCAUCGCCGCCGUGCCCGUGCUCGCACACCCGCCGCCACCAUGGUCGUCAGCAAGGAGACGCCCGUCUUCUUCGUGAGGCCCGCGUCGUCGGCGACGUCCACCAUCGAGCAGGACAAGGAGCUGAAGCAGCGCAUGGGCGCCUUCGGCGUGAUCGACGCGUCGCCGUCCAUGCUCAGGAUCGCGACGCCCCUCAUCGUGGUGUCGGCGCUGCUCGGGCUGGCGCCGGUGCAGCCCGCGUCGACGUCGUCAGCCGUGGCCGACGCCAAGACCGACAGGAUCGCCGGGCGCGCGCGCCCGCACGUCCUCGUCAGGAGCGUGUGGCUCGAGGUGUACUCCAUCGUCAUCCUGGGCCUCAUCACCGUCUCCAGCUACUUCGUGUUCAAGGCGUCCGGCGACGAGUCGCUCAAACUCAACUCGCUCGCCAACGUGCUCACCUACGCCUCCGGGCUGCUGACGGCCUCCGUGUCGGUGCUGGUGCAGGUGGCCACCCUGUGGACGACCAAGUCGGCCAUCGACAGCGUGGAGGGCCUGCUGGACUGCGAGGAGGAGACGCAGACCAUGACCCCGGCCCGGGUGCGCACCGCGCGCAUCUGGGUCGCCGUCCAGUUGCUGCUGUGGGCCACCGUGUCCGUCGUGUUCGCCGUGCACCACGUCUUCUUCGAGGUGCCCAGCCAGCUAACGCAGCUGUCAUUCUGCUACCGCGCCUACUCCGUGUCGCGCCCCUUCAUGCACAUGUCGUGCAUGCAGUUCGCCAACCAGGCCCACGCGCUCUCCCUGCAGCUCACCUCCAUCAACGACCGCCUGCUCACGAUGCUGGGCCCGGUGUCGGCCGGGCUCACGCCGCGCACCCUGGAGAUGUGGAGCCGGCUCGGGGACGCGGCCAACCCGCUGCGCCAGCCGCCGCUGCACCCGGACGUCGAGGCCGCGGCGCUCGAGACGACGCGCGAGCUGCGCCUGCUGCACCACAAGAUGCACGUGAUCGCGGGCUACCUGCAGUCCGCGUACGGGCCGCAGAUGCUGCUCGUGCUGCUCAGCACCCUGCUCGACUACACCACCAUGCUCUUCAUCCUGCUGGCGCGCAUCGAGAUCGACGCCGUCGGCCUCAUCAUCGGCACCACCCACGUCCUCGUCAUGUACCUCGUGCUCACGUCGGGCAACAUGGUGCGCCAGGAGGCGCAGCGCAUGGGAGAGAUCCUGCAGCGCGGGCUGGUGCACCGGCGGCUGAGCGAGCGGCUGGUCGAGGAGUUGCAGGACUUCUCCCUGCAGCUGGUGCGGCUGCCCACGCGCCUCUCGGCCUGCGGCCUCAUGUACCUCGACUACAGCAUGAUCCAGGGCGCCGUCGGCACCGUCACCACGUACCUGGUCAUCAUGCUGCAGUUCCCCAACAACACUGGCGGCGCCGCCAAGGCCAACGGCACCGAGUCGACGCCCACCUACACCACCGAGGGCGGCCGUACCUAGGGAUUUUAAUUUCCCCCCCAAAAGUGUUUUUAAGAAAAUUUUCAGUAAUUUUUUAAAAUUUGAAUUUCUCUCCUGAGAAUUGUCAUUUUUUUCUUCAGUUUUUCUGGAAAUAUUUCAAUUUGUUCCUAUUUUGUCUGGACAAGUUUCGAAGUUUUCCGGAAAGAGUUUAGACUUUAAAAUCCCUAGCCGUACCUGAGUUAUAUAUUUGUAACAGAAAACAUAAACAGGGCGGGGUGACGCAG